AUGACCCGGAGCUCCACACGCCCGAUAAAGAUCGAGGCCCCACGUCGCCACCAACACGCGUGCUUGUCGUGUGUUCGGUUGCGCCCUGAAGCAGCAAAACUGCACGCUGCCCCUUCAUCCCGUCAACAGCAGCUGCAUCGUCAGCGUCUCCUUGAUUGGGAUCGCGCCUCGAAGCUGUUUGUGUCGACGGAGACACUAGAUCCGAUGAAUCAAUACGGGGCAACUGGUUCUAAUAGAACGAGGCAAACACCAGGAGAAGUUGAAGAUACUGUUGAACGUCGCCAUCGUCGGCACACUGUGGCUAGUGGUCCACACUUGGGGUUAAUGAAUGAUCCUAUGAAACCAAAUUUGAAGCCAGCGAAGGCUCAACCGCAGCCCGGUGCUAAUGCUAUGCAAGUUCAUGAGCCUGCUCGAAAACAGGCUCAUGGGGCUGUACUAUAUACUGUGAAAAGACCGGACCAGCCAGCAGCAGCUCGAACGUCGGACUCGUGUUUUAUCAAACGAUCGACUUCACGAGUGGCGGCGCGUAACGAAGUCGAGAAGCUAAUGAGCUCAGAUCGAUGUGACGUCUCCGGGUCGUUUUUGUGUGAUUUUACGGGUGCCGAGCCUGUUAUGACAGCGUCGGAUGAAAUGCAAGAGAUGAAGCAGUUGACGGGGCGAGCCAAGGCUUCGAAGAAUGUACCACCUGUGCAGGUAACACGAGGACGACGCUUUUCGGUGGAUGGCCGGUGUAAAAGUGCGGUUCCUUCUGUUUCUUCUGGACACGUUGGUGCUAUUGAUACGGAACUUGCAUUGGUUCAACCGCGCUACGAUUUUUCGGUGAAGAAAGUUAAGCAGCAGUCGCAUCAGCCAAAGACUCUGGAAAGUGAUUCGAGUGCAGACAAAAACACGAGCGAGAAGCAUCAUGCUCAACUGAUUGACUGUUUGACUGUGAACCAUCGAUCGGGACAUCGUCGACAUACUAUGACUGCUGCGUCGAUCAAGAACUUGAUACCCCGGCACCGACAUGAGAACCGAGCGGAUGUGAUUGACGAGGUUGGCAGUGGGGAGCAUGAUCGACCACAGCACACGAAAAAGGCCGAGUUUGCUGACUUUCAUUUGUGUGCGUCCAAGCUGAUGCCGCCAGAAUCAACGCAUGGACUCAAGUCUACGUCAAAUGUUGCCAGGUAUGAAUCGCAGUGGCAAGAAGGAAAAGAAUGA